AUGGAGAAUGUGCCUGCAGAUGGACCCCCCUCUCUGGGCUUUAGCCUGGGAGACUAUGCCGUGUUUGCGGUCAUGUUGCUGGUGUCUAUGGGGAUCGGACUGUACCAGGCCCUGAAGAAACCUGCAGACAUCGCUUCUACGGCAGAGGACUUCUUCACUGGGGGCAGAAGUUUGCCUGCUGUCCCUGUGGGCCUGUCCCUUUGUGCCAGCUUCAUGUCAGCCAUCCAGGUUCUGGGAGUCCCCGCUGAGUCCUCAAGAUAUGGAUUUAAGUUUCUCUACAUGUGCCUGGGCCAAAGCCUUAAUUCUCUACUCACAGCGAUGAUCUUUCUGCCGGUGUUUUAUCGUCUGGGCAUCACCAGCACCAACCAGGUCUUGUAA